UUUCUUUCAAGGAAAAAUUAAAACUCAAAUAAGGUAAGAAAAUCAGAGCAAAAUCCUAACAUGUUGCAAGAUCGGGGGUGUAUUUAAGUUCAGUUAGUCCAGUAAAGAUGUGUUGUUAAAGCUGUCAAUAGUUCGGGGAUGAAACUAAUAAUUUUCGCCGAGUUUAGUGGUAUUUACCUUAGUUGCAUGGACUCUUCACUUUUGAUGCCGCACCCGUGUCAGAUUCACCAAAAAUACACUACUUUUGGCGAAUUCGACACACACCGUUGACAUUUUUGAAGAGUCCAAGCAACAUACGUAUUUACAAUACUUGUUAGCUAAAUAUUUAUACAAGUGUUAGUUUUUGCGAAUUUGGUCCUUGAACUAUCCGAUAUUCGCUGAACUAUUACCAACUAUCGUCAAGUAUCUGUUAUCUUCAAUUAACACUGAUAUCGGACAACUCUAUCUACUAAACUUAGUUUGUCUUUGUUGAUGUUUGAAUCUUGUUUUUUCAUAGUUUUAAGUUCAUUGACUAAUAUUAUAUACGGUCGGACGUAAAUAAUACAAUUUCGACAAACCUCAAUAGCUAAAAAUUCAGAAAUCAUAAACUUAAAAUCUCAAAUCCGUCUCAAUCACUUAAGUGCCAAACCAAUUCUAUGUACAUAAAUGUCCUUUAGAUAUUCUAUUUUUAGUCAUAUUUGAAAUUUCUAACUACUAUAUAUACUCAAACAAUUACUGUACUAAUUGAUGUUAGGGGCUGCUAAUUAAGAAAAUUCAAUGUCAUUUUGAUCAAGGAACUUAAGGAUAUUUUGUAGACUUUUCAAACUUUAGUGAAAUAAGUCCAAAAAUGUAUCUCUUAGGUGUAUGUUCUAGAUCAUAUAAUUCAAUUUGUUUUUUUUUUUUUUUCCAUAGAUUGAUUUGACUUGACAAUAGAAUUUCUUUUUCUAUAUAAAGGGUAUGUUUUUCUAGUUUCACUUAGCCAUAGUUAGAUUUAUUUUUUCUUCCCAAAUGGCUAGCAAACUAUCAAAUUUCAAUUUUUUCACUUUGAUUCUCUAUGGUGUACUUACAUUAGCUACCCCAGAUUUUACAGGUGCUCAAACUGGAGUUUGUUAUGGAAAGCUAGGGAAUGGAUUACCAUCUCCAGCAGAUGUUGUGUCACUAUGCAAUCGAAACAAUAUUCGAAGAAUGAGAAUAUACGAACCUGACCAGCUGACCCUUCAGGCGCUCCGAGGCUCCAACAUUGAGGUCACGCUAGGUGUCCCGAACACGGAUCUUGAAAACGUUGCUGCUACCCAAGACAAUGCAAAUACAUGGAUCCAAAACAAUGUUAAGAACUAUGAUAAUGUCAAGUUCAGGUAUAUAGCUGUUGGAAAUGAAGUUAGUCCCUUCAAUGAAAACUCUAAGUAUGUACCUGUUCUUUUCAAUGCCAUAAGGAACAUUCAAACCGCAAUAUCUGGAGCCGGUCUCGGAAACCAGAUCAAAGUUUCCACAGCUAUUGAAACUGGACUUACUACAGAUACUUCUCCUCCAUCAAAUGGAAGAUUCAAAGAUGAUGUUCUACGAUUCAUCGAACCUAUAAUCAACUUCCUUGUGACGAAUCGUGUUCCUUUGCUUGUCAACCUUUAUCCUUACUUCUCAGUAGUUGACAAUCCAGUCAUUAAGCUUGAGUAUGCCCUUUUCACAUCACCUGAAGUUGUUGUCAAUGAUAAUGGAAGAGGAUAUAAGAACCUUUUUGAUGCCAUCUUAGAUGCUACAUACUCGGCCCUUGAAAAAGCUGGUGGCUCGUCUUUGCAGAUCGUUGUAUCAGAGAGUGGUUGGCCUUCAGCUGGAGCAGGGCAGUUAACUUCCAUUGACAAUGCCAGGACUUAUAACAACAAUCUGAUUCAGCAUGUGAAGGGAGGGAGUCCUAAAAGGCCUUCCGGUCCAAUAGAGACCUACAUUUUCGAUCUGUUAGAUGAAGAUCAAAAGAACCCUGAAAUCGAGAAGCAUUUCGGACUAUAUUCAGCAAACAUGCAACCUAAGUACCAGAUCAGUUUUAACUAGUUAAAAAGCAAGAGGAGAGCAUUAAAAGGAAUAAGGGACCUACCUUUGUAUGUAUGUUAAUUCUGAAUAACAGUUCCAGCUUCAAGAGAAAGUAGCCUAUAGGCAUUAUGUACUGAAAUCAUCAUAUGCUAAUAAAGAAAGCAAUAUAUUACAAUAAUGAAACACCUUUUAUUUGAACCAUUGAUUUUAUCAGCAGUAACCAUGUGUAUCAUUUAA